CUUUACUGCGCACCCGUUGAUUGUUGAUGACGUCAGGGAAUUCCCUCUACAUAAUGCGCUAAAAUUUUACUCAUUUUUGUAUGAUUUGAUGACGUCAUCACUCUAUAGGGACUACUAGGCACUGCAUGGUACUGGAUAUAUAUGGCUAAGCACUGCAUGGUACUGGAUAUAUAUGGCUUAGCACUGCAUGGUGCUGGAUAAUGAGGACUUGCUGUGAUGUGUGCGCGUGCACGAGAUGUGCGUUGCGCUAGAACAUUAGGAACAUUUCCCUAUCUCUCUCUCUCUAUCUAACCAUCUAACAGUGGAUACAGGGCUGACUAAAAUCAUGGGUUGCAUGGGGUUUACGACAGGCUGGGCAACGGGAUCAACGGCAUCUUCUUCUGGUUUCCUCAUUAACGACCGCAGCAGCUAGAUCUGGUGUCUGUUCAGUGUCGAAGUGCUGAGGGGUAACUGUAGGAGUAACUAAGGUAGCCAGAAGGAACCAUAACCAAUGUUGUUAGACUUAGAGAAACAUGACCAAAUUUUUUCAAAACCUGUGCGCUAAGAUAUACCCAUAGUGAGUGGUAAGGCGGACGUCACAAAUAUGAAAAAAAUAGAGUCGGUCGGUCAGCGAGUGAUAACUCAAAAAUUCGAAAAAUUGAAUCCAACCAUCCAGCCAUCAACGUGCGGCAUUAAACCUCCGAUAUUUAAUGAUAACUCGGACACCUCGUUUAAAUGGAGUUUCCGCGCGCCGUUUUCAACUAGUUCCCAGGAACCUUUUUCGCAUUUUAAAGCGAAGCACAUAUUUUUUUGUCAUUUUAGCUUUUCCAACCCAGUUUGUCAAAAAUUUUGAUCAAAAAAUAGUGUCGGUCGUGUGACUCUAACACCAAGUAUUUGUGACGUCCGCCUAAAAGCAUUUAUCAUUUUUUUCUUCUGCAUUAUUUUAGGAUAAUUAUUAACAUGAAAUCUGGUUGUGGUAUAUCAAGUGAACCACUCAUUCUUUUCUACACAGUUAUUUUUACAAUCAACUACACCAUCCUUCCGCAGCUGGUUCUACACAAACUUUGCCUGCAGCAAAAUGACUUCAAUAAAACUUAUUGCGAAAAAUUGGGCGAGCCUUCAAUAGAAUUGCAAAAGAAAUCAACGGAAUGGUGGUUUUACCUGCUUACAACUUCAUUGGUACCAGCCGUCUUUACAGUACUUAUUUGGGGACCCAUAACGGAUAUCAUUGGAAGGAAACGCGCUAUGACUUUGGUGCCUAUUAUAAAUGGUAUCCGAGCCUUGGUAUAUUUAUGGAGUGCUUAUUUCAUGGAGGCUCAUGUUGGUUACAUGCUGUUUGGCUCGUUUCUCUCCUGUUUGUAUGGAGAAUUUCAAGGAGUUGUGGCAUUAUGUUAUGCUUAUAUCGCUGAUGUGACGUCUGAUAGUCCGAAUCAUCGAACAAUGAGGAUGGCGUUCGUCGAGGCUAGUGUGUUUUUUGCUGGUGUGCCAGCAGGUUUGUUAUCAGGUUAUUUAUUGGAAAAACUGGGAUUUAUUUCGGUAUUUGCAUUAACAUUCGGCAUCGACGUCUUGACUCUUUUGUACGUUUUAAUUUACCUGCCGGAUCAAGUAGUUCAACCGGCGGCCGAAAGAACGUCGAGUAGGACGAGUUUAUUGCAUGGUGGCGACAGCAUACGCGAGACAGAUGCUGUUGUUGAAAAUAUUGAAAAGAACAAAUCGGCGAAUGCAAGUUUUAAUGACAUUAAGUACACCCACCUGUUAAAUCCGUUUGCGCAUUAUAAGAGCAUUGUGGAAGUGCUCACGGAACCUCGAUGGAUUAGUGUUGUUGUGCCACUGACCUUAGCCUUCGGCUUUUCAGUAUGUGCUUUUGUGGGAGAGUUAAUCGUUGAAACGUUGUAUUUAAAGAAUAAGCCUUUUGUUUUUUCUGCACAAGAGAUUGGUUAUUAUGUCGCAGUUCAAGGUAGUAUUCGAGGAGUUGGUGUUAUUAUCGUUACACAAUUGUCCCAUCGUUGCUUUCACUUUAAUGACUAUACCCUGAUAAUAUUUGGGUUAAUCAGCCAAAUCACUUGUUUUUUACUUAUUGGGCUGGCUCGGACGCCCACUGUUGUAUUUUUGGUUAACAUUUUCGGGUUAGCAGUAUCUGUCGCUACUGCAACACUACGAUCGCUCAUUACGAAGCAAGUAUUACCACAUCAAUACGGAAGUGUGCUCGCCUCAAUCGAAGCUGUAGAUGCUAUAGCCAGCGUGCUUAUUAACGCCGCUGCGUUAUGGACUUACAACUUUACGUUAUCGGUUUAUUCGGGUGUCGUGUUUUUUGGUUUAAGUGGCUUUUCAUUUUUGUCUUUGCUCCUAGUGAUUGGUUGCUUCUGUAAACAAAAUAACACAAACUUAAUUUAAUAAUUUUCGCAUAAAUACUAGUUUUUUAUGCGUAGUUAUGCUAAAAUGCUAGAAAGUUGUUUACACCAUUUGAACAAAACAAACACUCUCUUCCCAACUAAUUGCAAUGAACAUUUUCAAUACCUUAAUCGGACAAAUUUUCGCGCGGAUUUAAUUUCGCGAGGUCAAAUAAAUCGUAUUUCGCGAGGAUUUAAUUUCGCGAAUUUAGUCUUUUCAAAAAUUUCGCGAGGAUUUAAUUUUGCGAAUUCAGGCUUUCUAAAAAUUACGCGAGGAUUUAAUUUCGCGAAUUCUGUCUUAACUUAAAACAAAUUUUCACGAAACAUUUGAAUAUCGUAAAAAUUGUAAAGGAAAGAAAAUGAUUUAUUGUCAUCAGUAUCAAGAAUCAUGCUUUUUCUUCCGAGUUACAUGUCAAAAUCUAUUUACAAAUCAUCUUCGUCAUCAAAAACAUCAAAAAAAUUCCUAUCUUCAUCCUCUUCAUUUUCUUCGACCCAUUCUUCUUCGUCGCUUUCGUCUUCGCUCCCGUAAUCACUGACGCAUUUUGAAGCUGUGGACAAACCAGAAGAAUUGACAGCUUGAACAUUAGGUUCUUUGUCUAACAUUGGGUCGAUGUCGUUAAACGGAUCAAGGCUUGGUAAACCGGACAUACCCUUGGCUACAGCAUCCUUUAUACCUGCUACCUGCCAACCCUUCAAGCACACCUGUUUCCCAUCAUCCGACGUCAUUUCAUUGUACAUCUCAAUAAGCCAUUUCGCGUGUAACGGUUUGACAAUUGAAAGCUUUAGUGCUACUUUAAUCGUUUCGAGCUCUUGACCUUUAUCCAUAGCUUGGGUGAUUUGAUCUGCGUACCAGGUGAUAAACUUCUUUUUCAUCAUGCGUUUUACAUAGCCAUUUGGGCCUCCUUGGACGUCAAGAGGUUGGAAGAGGUAUGUGAAAUUGGCAGGCUCUCUAGCAAUACAUGGUUGUCAGACAAUACCUUCAAGACAGGACCGAUCAUUUGCCCUUUAAAGACAUCCAUAAUCAUUAAAGCCGACUGAUCUUUCUCCAAUCCCAGCCUCUCUCGCUCUUUCUUGACGUACGGAACAAUUAUUUCAUUCAACAGCCUAAUUGAUUCCUCUUCAUUACUAUAAUGUUUGGGGUUCGCACUAAGUAAAAACGACGAUGGAAAGCUUACUCUAGGGAGGCUUUGUAGUGUUUUCCCUCCAUAUAUCAACUGUAUUGGCAAAAAUUGACCAUCCAAUGUUAUUGUGAAGGUCGCGGUAAUUAUUCUUUUAUCGCUCGAACCUUUAAUUGGAACAGUUUUUGAUCCUUUUUGUGCUAACGUUUUGUUGGAUACGGGUACGUAUUUUGAAGGCGUUUGAUCCAGAUUGAGAACAAGUGAUGGUGGGAUAUUGUUUUCCUCGAUCUUUCGGACAAUUCCAUGUAAAUAUGAAGUUUCAAGCUCUUUUCGAACUGCUUCAGGAAUAGGGACUUUCCCUGUUGUACCGAAUCUUUUAACAAAGCCCAUCCUUCGAAACAAGCUUUGUGCCCAGUGUGAAUGGCUGAGAUCAAUAUGAUCGAGAUUCAUCUCGGGAUGACGUUUUAUUAAUCCUUUUGCGACUGACUCGGCGAUUCCCCAAGUGAUACCUCCUCCUCUUCCGCGUACAGCCUAAAAAGUAAAAAAUUAUGAAAUAGCCACGCAGGCCUGAAGCAUCUCAGCCGGCCUACGAUUUACUCCUACAUGAUUGUCACUUUUUGAGACAAAAAGGCAAAAUUCUAGGCAAAGUAUUUACUCCUACAUGAUUGCCUAGAAUUUUGCCUUUUUGUCUCAAAAAGUAUAUGCUUCUACCUCUAUCGAUAAUCUUAGAUCUCAGCCUUCGGCUGAGAAAUAAAAAAAUGCUAUUCAAUUUCAUUUUUAAGUUGGGGAAUUUCACUUGUUGACGUCAUAGUUUAGUACAUACGAUAAAUUCGAAUUCCAAUGGAAUUCCUUCUUUGUUUAAACAACACUUCAGAAAUAUGGCGGACACGAACAAGGUCUUGGUAUUUUCAUCGGCAGUACGUGGCUUUCACGUUUACCGUGAUGUUUGGAAUCCCUAUGAAAAUGAAGAGCUUGAAUGUCGUUUUGAGAAAAACAAUAUAUUUGAUAUGUUCGCGAUCAAAACAUGUCGCAUCGAUAAUAAUGAAACAGUUGGUCAUUUACCAAGGGAAAUUUCUCGCCCUACCAAAUAUCUUUUGGAUAGAGGGGCUACGGUUGUGGCAAAUCUGACAGCCACCCACUACAGAAGAUUGCCUCUAUUUCAAGGAGGUCUUGAAAUUGCCUGCGAAAUAACAGUUUCGAAGUAUCAAGGGGCACAUGCUUCUUCGACGCUAUCAAGAUAUGGUGGAUGAAUUAUAUUGUCAACCAAAGAAUGAGGUCAUCAUGGGUUCGUUUCUUGAGAACAAUGUUGGCCGUACCGAACCAGCCAGAGCAAAAAAACGCAAAUGCGUUAAAAAAAACAGUACAACCAACAGCAGGGAGCAACAUCCGAAACUUUUUUCAAAAGAGAUAAAAUAAUAUUAUUUACCGUAUUUUUUUACGAAUUUUGUAAGUUUUACAUAGAAAAAAAUAAUCGAGAACAAAACA